AUGCUUCAGAUGCAUGUCGGGAUUUGCUUUGUGCCAAGGACAGUAGAUCUCAUCUUCACCUUGUUCUUUGCAGCUGAUGUCAUUUUGCGAGUAUGUGUUCUUAAAUCCAAGUUCUUCAAGGCCUUUGUGAACUACAUCGAUUUGGCAGUUUGUGUUACAACGCUGAUGGAAGUCACUCUGUACUAUAUGGUGACUUUACCGGUGAGUCCGAUCCUAUUUCGUCUUCUUCGUAUUGGCAAAUUGAGCCGAGCGAUACGCAUGGUCACUAUGCACAGUGUCCUGCAGUCCUUGCAUUUGCUCAUCAAAUGCCUUACCGCGAGUACAAACAUGCUCUUCUGGAGCUUUUGCUUGCUCACCUUCUUUCAGUGUGUCUCUGGAUUGGUGAUCAGCACACUCUGUCGCGAUUUUAUCCGAGACACCAGCCAGCCUCUUGAGUUAAGACGAUCUGUUUGGCUCUACUAUGGGACCUUCACCCGCACUUUCUUGUCAAUGUUUGAGAUCCUUUUCGCCAAUUGGAGCCCGCCUUGCCGAAUCUUGGUGGAUGAAGUCAGCGAAUCCUUCGCAGUGUUUUUCUUGAUCUACAGGUGCUUGUUGGGUUUUGCUGUUCUGAAUGUGGUGAACGCGGCAUCUUGGCAAACUCUUCAGCGUGAGUUCUGGCACUUUGUGGCAGCUGGUGGCUACCGAACUCAGAAGUACUGGUCAGAGGAUGGCUGGAACUGGAGAAAGUUCCGCAACAUGAAAUGGCCAUUCUUUUGGGUGCAGGAUGGGCCACAGGGCUCAAUGCAGUUCAAGCUCCGGACCAUCUUCGAGGAGAUCGAUAUGCAGUGGAGCUGGCCGGCGGACGUGAAUUAUCACGAGGCACGGGCGUACUGCGCAUGGAAGUCUGAACAGGACGGCCUGAAGGAUCAGGAGGCCUAUCGUGUCAUCACGGAGGCGGAGCAUCACCUCAUCCGCCAUCCCGAGGCACGCCCUGAGAACAUGGCGAUGGCCAGAGACGAUCCCACACUUAGCCUAGGCAGGACUGUCUGCGGCGGAGGGCUGGUGGCUGGCACCAACGCCAACUUGGCCUUUGCAUCUCAAAGCCCGGUGGAUGCGAUGCCAGCAUCUCCCACUGGACACCAUGAUGCUAUGGGCAAUGCAUGGGAGUGGACAGAAGAUCAUUUCAACCCUCUUGAGGGCUUUGAAGUUCAUUAUACCUACGAUGACUUCUCUACCCCAUGCUUCGAUGGGCGGCAUCACAUGAUCAUGGGCGGCAGCUUUAUCAGCAAGUCUGACAACGGUGCCUCCGGCUUUUGCCGGUAUCACUUCCGGCCACACUUCCUGCCGCAUUCAGGUUUCAGAUUAGUCUCUUCCAACUCUCCACCUCCCGCCCGGCUUUUGCAUGAGCCGGAGGAGGCAGUGCAGGCAGCGCAGGCAGUGCAGGCAGGCCAAGCUCCAAGUGGCAGUGCUGCUGGCACUGGUGCAGCUGUAGCUGGUCAUGCAGGUUACGAGACGCAGCGUUUAGUGGAUCAAUACUUGGGACUUCACUUCCCAAGCUCCGGGGCUGAUGAGGUGGUGGGCAUCGACUUCAGCCAAGCCUUCAUCGAUGCAGCCGAGAAGAUGAAGAAUGGCGAGGUGGUGCGAGUCAUCCGCUUCAAGGUCCCUUUAGAAGGAGACCUCGAGGCGAGGCGAAGAUGA